UGGCGCAUGCGCGUGGAUUUGAAGAGAAUACGCCAUAUUGAAUUCCCGUAGGAUUCGGAUAGCAUUUUUCCAGUUAGCGGUACAGGGGACCACUUCCAAUGGUCCGGGUUUGGUUUAAUGUAUAAAUACGUAUCUUUCUCUUAUCCCGCUUUGUGCCGUGGCCUUUAAAAGGCCCCACCGCCUGUUCUGGACCACAACGGGCUCGCAAGUGGUAGUUAGAUAGUUGUCGGGAGGUUGCCAGAGAAAGAAGUUGAAUGGAUCCGAGGGUAGCUUGGAUUCAGCCCGAACAGAAAGGACCUGCGAACGCUUUAUGGAUGCACGUCUGGGAGACCUCUCAGGGACUACGCACUCUCUCCGCUCAGCAGAAGCUUCACAAUCAAAACCACAACCAUUGUGUCAAUUACGCAGCAUUAGAUGUUUUAAAAAAUGUGGCGACCGCGGUGGCAUCGAGCAUUUGCAGCAGCAAUGGUAACGUUACAAGCGGUAUGAGCAGCAGCCAUCACAGCAUCUCAAACGGCACUAGUGGCACUGCGAUGUCCUCUCUGGGGAUAACGCUGUGCAACGGGAAUGCACCGGAUUCUUACACCACGGCAAACACUACGGGCCAGAGUCGGAGUAAAAAUCAGAAAACGGGAUCUGUCUCCUCGGUAUCAUCUCAAGAAUCUGGGCCGGACAGCCCACCUCCCAGUAGCAGCUCUCUUGAGAGGACUAUCGGUGGAAAUGUCACCGGGAAUAUGGGGACUGCCAAUCUACUGCUACACUUGAGCGACAGCAUGGACAAUGUUAAUCUUUAUCAGCACCAUCAGCGUGUGCACGAGCAGUCCGUGUACAACUUGCAGCAAAUUUGCGCAAAUCGUCACCAGGUUCUCUCUGUACCUGUACCUGUUAAUCACCCUCACAGUCACCAUCCAGGCCGAAGGAAAUGUGACAAUAAGGCCAGCACUUAUGGCAUGAAUUACUUGCUUUCAAAUUGCACUAAUGGCAAUUUUGUGAGCGCUUGGACGCCUUGGAAGACGAAGAAGUACAAUCCUGGAGUCCUUGGGCUACAUGAGGAAAUAAUGGAUUUCUACAAGUUCAUGUCCCCUCGGCCAGAAGAAGAAGCUAUGAGGAAGGAGGUGGUGAACCGAAUAGAACGGAUCAUCAAGGAGCUCUGGCCCACUUCAGAUGUUCAAAUAUUUGGCAGCUUUAGUACAGGAUUGUACCUACCAACCAGUGACAUUGAUCUUGUGGUGUUUGGGAAAUGGGAGCGGCCUCCACUACAAGAGUUAGAACAAGCUCUUCGCAAACAUAAUGUUGCAGAACCGUUCUCCAUUAAAGUGCUUGACAAAGCUACAGUGCCAAUCAUUAAGUUGACAGACCAGGAAACAGAGGUGAAAGUCGACAUCAGUUUUAAUGUGGAGACUGGAGUCAAAGCAGCCAGCUUUAUUAAAGAUUAUGUUAAGAAGUAUCCUGUUCUGCCUUACCUCAUCUUUGUGCUUAAGCAGUUUUUACUGCAGAGAGACUUAAAUGAAGUCUUCACUGGAGGAAUCAGCUCCUAUAGCCUUAUCCUUAUGGUCAUCAGUUUCCUACAGCUUCAUCCUCGUAUUGAUGCAAGGAAUCCAAAUGAGAACUUGGGUGUCUUACUAAUAGAAUUCUUUGAGUUGUAUGGUCGCCAUUUUAACUACUUGAAAACGGGAAUCCGCAUAAAAAAUGGAGGUGCAUACAUUGCCAAAGAAGAGAUCAUGAAAUCUUUGACAAAUGGAUCCAGGCCGUCUAUGUUGUGCAUUGAAGAUCCCUUGCUCCCAGGUAAUGAUGUAGGCAGGGGUUCAUAUGGUGCCAUGCAUGUCAAACAAGUGUUUGACUAUGCAUACACUGUCCUGAGUCAUGCUGUGUCCCCACUCGCUCGAUCAUAUCCCAACAAAGACUCUGAAAGCACCUUAGGUCGAAUCAUCAGACUGACUCAGGAAGUUAUUGACUACAGAGAGUGGAUUAUUAAGAAGUGGGGCGGUCGCGAUCUUUCAAGAACGGAAAGCAGAGUUUCAGAGCAUGAGUCCAGUUGUGUGAACUCAGAGGAGCACAGGGACUCUGUGUCUCCCCCCAGCGCAGACUCUCCUAUGUCUAUCUCCAGUCCACAACAACACUCCUCUGCCUCCUCCGUGUCGUCACUGUCUGGAUCAGACAAUGAUUCCGACUCCACUCCACCAUGUCCCAUCCCUCCCCUUCCCCCUUACCCAUCAUUUCCACAUUUGGGACUGGCUUUACCACCAGGAUUCAGCAUGGGGUCUGGUAAACACAACAUUGGAGCACACCCUCUCCUCAUACCUCCAGUUUCACAGGCUCAUGUCUCACUGGCCGGUGGUCUAGCAAUGCACUCCUUGCCUGGCAGACAGGUGUGUAUAGACACCAGGCUCCCUCACUUCUUCCACAUGCCCUCCCCAGCCCAUGCUCAUGCCCCUGCCCCUUCUAGCCCCCAGCCUCUGUCCAGCUCCCCCUCCAGCCACGCCCACAAGAACGGAGCAAAAUUCAACAUCAAGGGCUUCCAUAAUCCACCACUGGUCAACAAUCCUGUCCUGGCUAACCGUGGACACGUGCACACGCAUACACAAUAUCACCGUAACACUUGGAGACGUAGAAAGCGGGACAGCCUCCCAGUCAGCCUCAGCAGAUAGGAGCCACUUGUUGCUCUCCUUUCUUUCCUCCAUAGCCUCUUUGGUGCAAGCAUCAGCGUUUAAGAUUGUCUUGAAAAAGACCGGAUCCUCAAACGUAGGAUCACCGACCUGCAGCACUGAGCGCUGUAUAUUCUUCCUGGAAGCUCUACCUUCAUAUUUCCACUUAUUCCGUUUCUGUGUCAUACCUUGCAGUCACAUUUACUUGCAGUAUUUUUCAUUCAGGUCAUUUUGUUAAUUUGAACUUGUUUUUUUAUUGACAAGUCAUUCUGACCAUGUCAAGCCUAUUGCAGCCAAGCUGCUCGUGGUAGUGUUACCUUUUCACUUGAAAAAUUAACACUUGAGAACAAAGGUUUCAUUUGGUGCAAUAAUGUUAUCUUUUUGAAACUAAUGUAAAUGCUUAUUUAAUUUUGUGCAUAUACGUAAGGCAUUUUUAUAUUAUUUUAUUUUUGUAGGGUUUUUAUUUGUUUACGGACCUUUCUCCAGGCAGCAUCUUGAGUGAGUUUAUCACUUCUAUUUUAUUGUAAUUGAAUGUGUGUAUGUUGCUGUGUCUCAUGAGUCUGAGAUGGACCUGUAUUCAGAAAUCUCUUAUCCCUUCUUUCUGCCUCUUUCUGCUCCUGGUUCUUUUAGUGGAACUAAACUGCUCUUUGACAGUUCAAAUUACAAUCUCUGUAAAUUUAAACUUAAAAACUGUAACAUAUAUCCACAUUAUGCUGAAGGAGGAUGCUGCUCUGGGACACACUGACAUCUCAGUAUUGCCAUUGAAAAUUGAGCCUCAGAUUUGGUGUAUUGAGCUCAGAGCAUUAUUUAGGUUCCGCCAGUUACCGUGUGUUUUUUCUAUUAUAUUUGUUUGUCAAGGGAAGGGUUAACAGUUAAGGCAAACUUCUUUCAAAAGGAUGUUUACUGUGUGGUAAAUGCUGCACUUAUUGUAGACUGAAAUGUAUUAUUUUGGAAGCUUGGUGAUAGUAGGCAUAGACUACUUUUACAAUCCUUAGAUUUACCAGGAGAGGAAAGAGGUAAAAUUGUACACCGAAGGAAGGGAACGGGUAUUUUUGAACAUCCAGAAAGGGAAUUCUAUUAUGAUUCCAUUCAGGAAUCUUGUACAUUUGAUUGCCAGGUACUUCCGCUAAUUGUUUGCAAUGCCUUUCUUUGUGUUUACUUGGGGUGUGUGUAUGUGGUUUUCAGUGAUGCGUGUCUCACUACUUUCCCACUCUCGCAGAAAAGACUGUUCAAACUAGACACUACUCCGAGAACUCUACGCACACCGGUGUUAUUACUAUGCAAGUGGAUUUAACUAUUGUGUCUCUUCUCUUGUCUAGUCUGUUGUUUGUGGUUUCCUUUGUUUUCUCACUGAAAAACUCUGCCUGUUGGAAUGGAGUAAUGUUACAAAGCAUCAGACUCUAAAAAGCCAACGUUUUGAAUGACCUCUGGCCUGCUCUCCUCAUCUUGUACUUGUAUGAAGGGCAUAAAAUGUUCCUUGUUUUUCCUUCAGUUUCCCUGUCGAGUAUAAGGAAGCAGGGCUGUUCCCUUUGUGGUUGGGUAUGAGUCUGUGUUGUGCGUAACAUACUGAAAUAUUUGUGAGAUUUGUGACUUUUGCCACCACUAGUUUUAAACCAACACACAAUGGUUGAUCAGCAAGUGCACCCAGAAUGUGCCCUGCACUCUGUAAGUGUACUCAAGCAGGCCAAAUUGUAAUCCAACUUUACCUUAUUUUUUACAAUGUGUUUUGCACUAGUACACUAUUGGGUUUUUGUUUUCUGGUUAAGCCAUGGCAACUCUAGUUAGUCAAGAACUGUACCCCCCCCCCCACAAGGAGAAGCACAGUAUGAGUUUAUUUUUCAAUACUCAUUUGGUCAUUUGAGAAGAGUAUUACAUUUGUCAUGCAUUUCCCAUGAUUAAUUUGAAACGAGAUGUACUCAAUUGAAAUUAUACCCCACUUUUAUAAGUGGCAAUAAUGUUGGUCAUGUAAAGUUGUUGACUGUUGGAGUUGUCUGCAUCUUCACAGCAAAGUCUAACUUGUGCUGUCUCCCAGAGUGGGUAUGGAUUAAACUAAGGCUCUGUUCAUUU